AUGGCCUCAUACCACCAAUUCCCUCCUGUUAGUGCUGCCUUUAGACUAUCAUCUGCGUCGUUCCUCGAGGGCGUCCUCUCCGACAUGGACGGUACUCCUGCCUACUCGCUCUUUACUGCUCGCGGCGUCACCACUCUCUCUCGCGUCGGCCCCAACCUAACCAGAACACAAACGUCCCAAAUAUUCUGGCCGAGAGAGCCCAGAGACCAGGAGAGAGCCAAGGAGGCAGGAGAGACGGUAGUCGCAACCCCGAAUGGAAAGAUGCUCAUGGACGACGUACUCCGGCCCAGCGGUUCUGGCCGCUCCCGCAAAAUGACCGUACCGGGCUCAUCAGUAUAUCUGAGAUGGAAAUACGACUCGAGUGGGCAUGCAUGGCAUUGCACUUCUCCUUCGCGUGCGGCCAUUGCCACACUUAGACUUGUCCCCGGAAAACCUGGAACGACCCUACAUAUCCACACAACGUCGAUCCCUGCAUCAUAUCACCCAUAUCAGCACGGCUACGACUCGGACACCUCAGAGGCUAGCCCGAACCCACAUGCAGCUCAGAACCUAUUCGACGCCCUUGUCUUGGCUUCCGUACUCUUGUCCACUCACCCAGAUGCAUGGCGUUCUCGUCUGACUAGAACUUCAAACGAGCGCCCGCUACCGGCCCCGCCCGUCAGCGGUUCGCCUCAACUCUCAGCCUACGAAAGAACCAUUGGCAAAUCACCUACCUCUCGGCCUUCGUCUUCUUCAUCUAGUUCAUAUGCAGGGACCGACCUUCCCCCACAAUACAGUCCCCGAGGCUGGCCUUCCCCUUCUUCGUCUUGUAAACUCUGA